AUGGGCUUCAUUCUGCAGACCGGCGUGCUAUUCACCAUCCUGUUGGCGGUGGGCUUGCAGCUCGUACUCAAGGAUCCCAUCAAACUAGGCCUCGGCAUCGGCAAGACAUUCCAACCACUCUCCGACUUCCCCUACUCGUGCCGUCGCAUCAAGGACCCCUCAUUGCAAGCAUGCGAAGACAUGUAUCUGUUCGAGCCGACGCGCACGCUUUUCCUGGCCUGCUCCGACCCAUUGGCGCGUCAGCAAUGGAUGCCCAAUGGCCACCACUUCAACAUCUCCGGUCGCUCACACCGGGACGCAAUCAUCGCUCUUGACGUCGAUAAGCCCACGGGCGAUGGAUUUCAAAUACGCAGACUGGUGACUCCGGGGUUUUCUGGCACUGCCGGCGACGGUCUGCUCCAGCUCGUUGGCUUCACGGCAUUCCGAGCGCCUGGUUCGCAAGAGAAGGAGCGUGCAGAGCUGCUCAUCGUCAACAAUCGCCCGCCAAUUGACCCAGCCACCGGUGCUUUGCUCCAAGAGGCUCAUGAGGGCGCCAAUGCUACAAUUGAGCUCUUUGAGAAUACUCCCCCGUCGCCGGAGUUGAAGCACAUCCGCACCAUUGCCAGCGCGAACAUUUCUACCCCGAACAACAUCGCCGCUUUAUCCAGCGAUUCGUUCUACUUCACUAACGACAGCGGCGACAAAAAGAGGGGGCUGGGAUUCUACCUAAGCUGGCUCCUAGGCCACGGCGACGUAUCGCACUGCAACAGCCAGGGAUGCAAGCGCGUCUCCGCGCACCACAAGAUGCCCAACGGCCUGACGUACGGCGCGGACGGCCACAUCUACGUCCCGAGCGCCAUGGCCGGCGGCGUCCAGGUGUACCGCGUGCGGCCGCAGGACGACGGGCUCGAGAAGGUGGCCGACAUCCCCGUGCCGUACGCCAUCGACAACCUCUCGCUGGACGGCAACGGCGACAUCUGGGCGGCGGUGUUCCCGCGGGGGAUCGAGAUCAUGAAGGCGUCCGAGGAUCCGUUCAACGUGAACCCCAAGAGCGCCGCGGUGCGCAUCCGCAAGGACGGCGAGGGGGCGUACACGUGGGAGAAGGUGAUUGAGGACGGCGAGGGCGAGGUGCUGCCCGGGUCUACGACUGUGGUUCACGAUGCGAAGACGGGCAGGCUUUUCUUCAGCGGUGUGACGUCGCCCUUCAUCGCUGUGUGUGAGCCCAAGCAAGCGACCUUUCGUCGUCGCAUACCCGCCGUUCACGACCUGCCAAUUGCCGAGGCUAGCCACGACACCCCCAUCGUCGUCGCCAACAUGUCGCUCGCCGCCCUCGAUGGCCUCAAGGCCGCGAUCGAGCGCAUCAUCCUCGACCCGAAAUACCAUGACAUCCUCGCCGUCGUCAAAGGCGCCCGCAACGGCGCCGUCUACGGCACCAAAGUCCGCUUUCCCCAUGCGCUCGUAAUGAUCUUCCUCUUCCGCUCCGGAACGUUCCGCCAAAAAGCAAGCCUCGUCUUCAAAGCGACCCGAACGCACGCCCGAAACCUCGCAAAGUUCGCGACAAUCUACAAGGGCACAAUGUACCUCCUCAAGCACUACGGCCCCACGCCCGGCAAGGAGGGCCCCUACGACUCCUUCUUCGCCGGCCUGCUGGGCGGCUACCUCGUCUUCGGCGGCCGCUCCCCGCGCACCGGCAAGAUCUCGAGCGUCAACCAGCAAAUCGUCAUCUACGUCUUCGCCCGCGUCGUCCUCGGCCUCGCCCGCCUCGCCGUCGCCCCCGGCAAGGGCCUGCCCGUCGUCAGCCGCGAGGACCUCUCCGCCAAGAUCAGCUACUACGCCUGGCCCGUCUUCGCCAGCACCUCCUGGGCCAUGGUCAUGUACCUCUUCCGCCAUCACCCGGCCGACUUGCAGCCCAGUCUGCGCAGCAGCAUGAACUACAUCUACGUGCAGAGCAGCGAGUGGGACUCGCUCCGGAAUUUUAUCUGGCACAACAAAUAG